ACCCUGAUUCUACUCAACAACCCCACUGCAUGUUGACACUUGACUGCGUCUGGAAAACAGCUGAGCAAAGACCAAACAACAACCAUCUAUCAGACUUUAGCUACUUAUAGAAGUAUACAAUCUGAACAUUGACCCGUAGCUUAACAUGGCACUUGAGGAAUAUUCACAAAGAAGCUAGCUAAUACAGUUAAUGCGAAGAGAAGAAAAAAAACGGAUUUGCAGUUUGGAAGAAACCAGGAAGAUGUUUGAGAAUUUCAAAGAAAGGUUGCAGACGGUGCAGCAAGAUUUCACAACGGGGAUGAAGACUCUGAGUGACAAAUCAAAGGAGGCCAAAGUAAAGCAGAAACACAGACAUGAACAUCUGACACAGUUUUCUGCUGGAGUAGAACUGCUCAGUCGGUACGAAGACACCUGGGUGACUCUCCACAGAAAAGCUAAAGACUGUGCGAAAGCUGGAGAGACAGUGGAUGGAGAGGUGGUGAUGCUGUCUGCACACUGGGAGAAGAGAAGAGCAGCAGUGGUGGAACUACAGGAACAACUACAGCAGAUCCCAGGCUUCCUCACAGACCUGGAGACGUGCACCAACCGCAUCGCCCACCUGGAGGCAGACUUUGAGGAGCUGGAGAGCCGGCUGAUGUACCUGGACAACCUGUGUGGUCAGUGUGAGCAGCAGCGUUUCAGACACUUCCAGGUCCUGCAGCUGGAGAACUACAAGAAGAAAAAGAGGAAAGAGCUGGAGUCUCUCAAAGCCGAGCUGGACUCUGAGCACGCCCAGAAGGUGCUGGACAUGGAGCACGCCCAGCAGGGGAAGCUGAAGGAGAGGCAGAAGUACUUUGAAGAAGCUUUCCAACAGGACAUGGAUCAGUACCUCUCUACUGGCUACCUGCAGAUCACUGACAGAAGAGGGCCAAUAGGUAGCAUGUCUUCCAUGGAGGUGAACGUCGACGUUCUGGAACAGAUGGACCUGAUGGACGUGUCAGACCACGAGGCCCUCGACGUCUUUCUCAACUCUGGAGGAGAAGACGACAGCCUGACCUCCUCACUCACCUCAGGUCCAGACCCUGAGUCGUUGUCCUCUGAGAUCUCCCUGCGGGUGCCCACCCAGGCGGAACUGAGGAACAAGCCGUCUUCCUUCUCCUCCACGGAGCCAGGCUCAGCCGGCCAGGACACCAGCCAGGCCACCAGCCUGGGGGAGUGCCAGGACACCAGCCAGGACACCAGCCUGGGGGAGUGCCAGGAGGGGGAGGGCAGUGAGGCCAGCGGAGACGGAGACCAGCCCCUGGUACUGCCAGACGAGGAGGAAGUGCAGGCCGACACAGCCCUGGUGUCGUUGCCCGAGGCAGAGAUGUUCAAGAACUCUGACGACAGCGACUCGCAGGCCUCUUAGGAGCCGUCACAGAGCUGCCCCCUGGGUGAGACCGGCUCUAGGCGGUAUAGGGCAGCUCCUAGACGCUGAUCUGGGGGUCCGUUUUGCAUUUUUCCCCCCCAAAACCUUUUUUUCUUUUCUGUUUUUUUUAUAAAUGAAAUGUAGCUUCCUUCCUUGUAUCCAAUUCUAAGUAAAUAAUAAUAAAGUUGUUUAAAAUGUUCAAGGGACUGCAUUCUUCAGACAUUACACUGGGAGUUUAAACCAAAGCUUUGAAGUCAAUUACUAGAAUAGCUUGGUGGUUCUUAAACACAGAGAUGUUUAGGGAAGGAUGCUUGGAGGGUACAGACACACGGCACUGAGAAGAACACGUUUGGAUAGACACUGUCAAACCUUUUUAUUCAACCUUAAUGGGUACUAACAAAUAAAAUAGAAAAUAAAAGGGUCAUUGUCCAACUUGAAUCAGCAUGGAAGGAAAACAGAAUCAGAGAUAAGAAAUGAGACGGUCGGCUGUAAUGAGCCUGUUGUAAAAAAAACAACCAAAACAUUAAGCACGCUUUUUAAAAAACAUCCAACUCUGUAUAUAUGUGAACUUCGAAAAUGGAUAGUUUUUGUAAGGGGUCUCAACAAGCUGAUUUGAAAGGACUCUUGUCGCGAGGCUGGAGUGCAACAACAGGAGUUACUCCUUCUGUACAUAGUAGAUUUGACCAUUUUUAUUAUUCUUCUACUUAUUUUCCCUUUUCAUUAAAAAAAGUUUAGGUAAAAAACGAGGGGAUUCAAACUAUGCAGCACUUCUCCAUACUUGUUACCAGGGCAACCCUGGCCCCAUACAACUAAUGUCCAACACAGUUGACACAAGGGUUGUGAUACAAUAUAUUAUUAUUUUGUGUCUGCACAAAAAGUGUUUACACAACCAUUUCACCGUCUCCACAACACUUGUGUAAUUCUAGAUUUGUUUUGUAUCACAACCGUUGAGUAUACGGGGCCACAGAUGAAGUAACUGGUGGUGGUGGAGGGGGGGGGUAAGGCUUUUUCUUCAUAAAUCCCCUACUCCAAAACACUGCAUUCCAUUCCUUAAAAGGCUCAGGUACAUGUAUCUUUAGACAUUGACAAUGUUUUAUAUGUACAAUGCUGUUGUGGUUUUCAGUUUUUGUUCUUUGAUAAAACACCUGGACUGUGACUCUCCCAAAUGGCACCCUAUUCCCUAUAUAGUGCCCUUGAGGCUCGGGUCAAAAUUAGUGCUCUAAAUAGGGGAUAGGCUGCCAUUUGGAACGCAGUCCCGCAGACCCAAGAGUUACAGGUCAAGAGCCUGUAA